GUUCCAUACAUCGCACCUCAGCAAGCCUAUACACAGCCUGCUGUAGUGGGAGGAAGUCAUCCAUAUUCGUUAAAGGCUCCGUAUGCAGCAGCAGCUCCUCCAGUGCAACAAGUUGCGGCUGUACCGCAAGUUGUUCCGCAGCAGGCCACCUAUAUGACUACGCAACCCACAAUGUACGCAACUCAGACAGCUGUCCCACAGCAGAUGGUUGGAAUACCGCAACAGCCUGCCCCUGUUGCUGUUCCGUAUGCUACGACGAUUCAACAACAGACGCCAGCGAUUGGAGUGCAGUCUUCGGCACCAAUGACCACACAACAAUAUUUUAACGAUGCUAACAUGGUUUUUAGACAAACUGUCGGAUUACAACAAACGCAGCAUCAGCAGCAAGGUACGACAUUGGGAAUGUCCCAGCCGCAGCAGACAACCUUGAAUGCUCCCUAUGCUGGAAUGAGCACGGCGACGCAAUGGAUGCAACAGCAACCAGCUCAACAGCAGGUGAUGGGUGUCCAGCGUUCGCAGUCUGUCGUUCCUCAGCAGCCUUAUCAAAGCAGCGGAUUGGUGAAGUUGAAUCUGGUGUAA